AUGCGCCGCCCGGAGUUCCCGGACGCAGAUGAAGAACCUCUCCAGCAUUCGUUCCAUGCUCAAUCGCCCCGAACAAUUGCUCAACAGCUUCAAGACGGAAUGCAACCCCAACCCCAACCACCCUCCCCAGGCCCAACAGUUCCCUCAAGCACCCCUUCGGAAUCUGCCGUAUCGGGCAGCGACAGACCCUUACUAUGUUCUCCCGCCCCGUCCCGGCCCCAACCCUACCCUGGACGGUCCCAACAAUAUCUAAGUUAUACGCGCGACCCUCUUGAAGCCCUGGAUCUCCAGGAGGAAUGUCGAUGA